GGCAGCCUGUCAGAUCUUGUUCGGAGCAUUUCGAUGGCUGCAGCCAUGAAUCCAACCCCUGGUUCCCCUUGACUCGCGGCACGGGCUAAUAUGGAAGGACGGCAAACGCCUUUCCACGACCGAUGGUGUGUGCUUUGACUGCAGGUCACCACAGGACGCUCCUGGGCUGGUUUGGUGUACAGAGACACUGAACGCUAUGGACAGCUCUUGCUCCCAUCAUGCUCACGACGCAGCCGUGUUUGAAAUUUCCACAGUCAAAACAGAUUUUUCUUUCCCUCACUCUUGCAUCUUUAUAGUCAAGCCUGAUCCUGCCGCCAACUCAGUUCGAAUCGCCAUGUAUUCGCAGAUGCCUGGAUGACCGAACUCCAGAUUUGCCCACCAUGGAGGCAGGGAAUGUCCCUUCGGCGGGGCUUCAGAUACGCUCGAUAUUCCAGUAUACCCCAGCAGUCCUCGCUUCCUAUCCACCCCCAAAUUAUGUCAAUCCAGCAAAAAGAGGACCUUUGCUCUAUAUUCUCAAUUCAAUUUUCUUCACGUGCAUGAUAACGUGUGUCACGUUGCGCUUCUAUGCUAGACUGUUUGUUCGGAAAUGGUUUGGCCCGGACGAUGUGUUCAUCCUGUGCGCUGUUGUUGGCGCGAUCGGCGUCACCGCCGUCGUUAUGUUAGGUUUUCACGAAUACGGCUGGAACUUGCACGUCUAUGACAUUCCACCGACGAAAUUCGCGGGAGCGGCACAGGUUCUCUUUGCCUCAAAAAUUCUAUGGUCGUUCACAUCGAAUUCCGUUCGAGCGUCGGUAACGUGUCUAUAUUAUCGACUCCUGACUCAUGUUGGUACGGUCCAACACCGCUGGAUAUUGCACGCCAACAGUGCGUUCAUUCUUCUGCUCUUUCUCACCCAGCAGAUAACAGUCGUGUUCGCAUGCUGGCCAAUCAGCUUGAAUUGGACGAUCCCCUUCACCGCAAAGGGCGAGUGCUUCGACAAUGGCAUGGCUUUGUUCACGACGGCGGUUCUCAACACCCUUUCCGAAGCAAUCGUUGCGGCUCUACCGCUUCCCAUUAUUCUUUCACUGAAUCUCAGCCGUCGUCAACGCAGAAUCACUAUCGGAAUGCUCUGCGGCGGGUUUGUGGUCGUUAUUGUCGGUUGCGUGAGGGUAUAUUAUCUAUGGGUUCUACUUGUAACGCACGACCCGUCAUGGUGGUCUCAACCUCAUUGGAUCUGCAGCGAAGUAGAGAUGGAUGUCGCCAUCAUCUGUGCCUGCGUGCCCGCCAUAACGCCCGUUCUGAGACGCGUGUUCAAGGGUGGUUGGCACGCCGCCAAAAGAGUCAAUCCUUCCUUCUCGAUGGCUCGCAGCGAUCUCUGCGCACAUCAUGCGCGAUCCUUGUUCAGCAGGCUCAAAGACCAUAACUCUUUGACCGGCCUUUCCGAAAGCACAAGCCGAUCUAAUCGAUCUCGUCGAUCUAAUCAAGCCUUGAGCCUCAGGCACGAGAUCGAUCUUGAAGGCAUCAGUAAUGAUGGCUACGGAUAUUCCGUCACCAUCACCACUGGACGAGGAACGAAAGUUAAGCGACGAUGGAACAUUCGGAACAGAACGUGGCACUACUACCCAGAGGAGCCCGUGUCCGAGGCCGAGGAUGAGCGCUCUUCUGUGCAGGACUUUAGAAAGAAGACCAUGGUUUCUCGAACCAAUAGCAAGGGGGAAAUAAUUGAAUCAGAACAUGACACAAGGAAUUCCGGCAAGCAAACUAUUGAGGUCAGAACAGAAACGGCAUUUGACGUGAGGGAGAGCUUUCAUUCCGAGAAAUUCGACAGAGGUUUUGAUUUCAGAAAUCCGUACAGGAGCGCUAUGCCGGGAAAACACGAAGAAGAUAUCGAGAUCGCACUGCAACUGCCUGCGGCUGAAGCUAGCGACUGGUCUCUGUUCGACGGCGAGGUCAAUCGUCUCAUGUCCGCACGACUACUCCCUGAGGAAUCGGACCUCCGCAACAAUAUGGACAGCCAAAUGCAAGACAUUCCGUCAUCACCUGUUUUGCCCGAAUCGGCCCGAUCGCGCCAGAGGACUUCUCCGUACGAGUCGCGACAGUAUUUUGGGCGACACAAGAGGCGAAGCUUGGAUUCCUUUGGACCACAGUCUAGUUCGACACGAGGUUCACAGGGCCACCGCGUCAGCCACAGCGACCACGAUGCCCAUCCUGGAGGUCCACUCUCACAGGGGACGGCCAACCUCGAGCGAGAUGUGAAGCUUCACUCAGCGCUACGAGCCCUGGUCAGUCCACGUCCGACUCCAAGCCUACCUCCGCCUGCACAAAUUCGGAAGGCAACCGUCGUACGGGCUCUGUCAAUCUGGAACCAGCCCAAUCCCCCGAAAGAGCUUGUUCGAGAGGAGGUAGCCAUCGAUCCAGCUUGA